AUGGGCACAGUGCUCUCAAUUUCUCCCACCUCCAGGAAAGGAGGGAUCCUGGACGAAAAAACGGAAGCUGGACACGGUGCCAGCGGCAAGACGGAGAAAAGCCUCAAGCGUCAUUCCGUUCUCAUAUCAGCAUUGACGUGGAAGAGGUUAGUGGCCGCGUCGGCCAAGAAGAAGAGUGCCAAAAAAGUGAACCCCAAUCCCCCAGUUUCUCAAAUCACGAACCCUGUGGACCAGCUGAACACCGAAAAUCUCAAGAAAUCGCAAUCAGGCUCCGAGCGCAAAAAGCCUGGACCGCUAGCAGUGCCGGUUCCGACUGUUCCAGAUAAAAGUCUUCGCGCCAAUCAAACCCAAAAUGGCUCACAGAACGGAAAGCAGCUCCUGCCGGUCCAGAGACAAGCCAGCACCCGCUCGAUAAUCUCCCCACGCCGCGUGAUCGUCCAGGCGUCCACUGGCGAACUGCUCCGCUGCCUGAGCGAGUUCAUGUGCCGCAGGUGCUACAAGCUCAAAGAGCUGAGCCCCAACGAGAUCAUCCUGUGGUUCCGUAAUGUUGACCGCUCGCUGCUCAUCCAAGGCUGGCAGGACCAAGGUUUCAUCACGCCCGCCAACCUCGUGUUCGUCUACCUGCUGUGUCGGGAAGCCGUGACCGAGGACAUCAGCAGCGAGUACGAGCUGCAGGCCACAUUCCUCACCUGCUUAUACCUGGCCUACUCCUACAUGGGCAACGAGAUCUCGUACCCGCUUAAGCCUUUUCUGGUCGAGACCAACAAGGAGGUGUUCUGGGAGCGCUCGCUGCGCAUCAUUGACAAAAUGAGUGCCAAAAUGCUGCAGAUCAACGCCGACCCGCACUUCUUCACCGAGGUUUUUCAGGACCUCAAGAACGAAGGAGGCCCGAAGGACAGUAAUGCUAAAUGGACAAACACCUUGGAUCGCUAG